GACUCACCUCUGCAUUGUCAGUCUCAGAGACAGAAAUUAGCCAGAUAGCUCUACUUUCAGUUUCAAACUAUUGCCAGGGACAAGGCCACCUUUUCUAGUUGAGUAGAAGGCUUUGAUUCACAAGACACAGGACCUCCCUUCUCUGCCCAGGUCUGUGAGUGUGCAUACUUAUGCAUGUGUUUCUAACAACUGUUUUCCAGGAAAUGGGAAUUUUGUGUCAAGUUAGGAAACUUCUAUAACUAUUUACACUGUAAGGUAAUUCUAGCCUAAGUGUUCAAGUAGAAUUGCUGAAUGAAAAGAGUAAUUUUCCUGUCUGAGGUGUUAAUAUUUUUUUAACAUAGUAUCAAGUGUCUAUUAUCAGGGCACGUGGACUGAAGAGUAAGAAGUUGUGUUGUUGAGGUAAGAAACUGUACCUCUUAAGCAAAAUCUCUUUUGUGGAUUAGGAGGGUAACAUUGGAAUGAGAAUUCUAAUGUCUAUUGAAGGUGCUUUUGCUUCUGAGAUAACACAACUUCACAGUCAAGAAGAGGCAACUUGUAUCCAAUUCAUCCAAUUAUCAUAAUCAAAUAUGAAUAAUAUCCAUUUUUAAAAUCCAUUUUAUUAAAUAGUUACUCUCUGGGAACACUGAUAAAUAAUAUAAAAUGUUACAAUAAAAACAUAUAUAAAAUUGCUGAUGAAAAUGGUAACUUUAUUGAUAGUGAUUAAUGGAAUAUUACUAAAAGAAACAAGAGAAUGUAUCACAAAAAUUCAUGUAUCUGACAUAAAUUUAUCUUACAAAAAAUGUGCAUCACCAAAUAAAAAUUAUAAAUGAAAAAUUGUACUUGCUAAUGUUAUACAUCAGGAAAUCAAAUAUUUUUAUCAAAUAUUUCAAUGUAAGUAAAUUAAAAAUAUUUAUUAUAUUUUUGUGGUAUUUAGAAAUAAUGAAUCUUUAUUUUAGAAAAAAUGUUAGUUAAUUUCUCCUAGUCUUGGAUGAACAGUCAUUUUCAUUAUUUCACAUUUAAGGGAAUUUUUUCUGUAUUUUACUUGUCCAAUAUUUCAUCUCAGUACAAAGAUAGUAGAACAAAUCCUGUAUAAUGUGCCUUAUUGUUCAAGAGUCUUUUGGACAUUACAGAAAUUAGAGCAGAGCCAGGAGUGGUGGCACAUGUCUUUAAUUCUAGCACUCAUGAGGCAGACACAGGGUAAAACUGGAAAAUCUGAAGCCAGUCUGGUCUAUAUUGUGAGUUCUAGGAUAGCUAGGGCUGCAUAUAGACACACGAUCUCAAAGCAAAUAGUUAAUUAAUUAUAUAACAAACCCCAGAACCUGGAUCUGUUCCUGAAGUAAAUGUGUCAUACUCAUCACACGAUGACUUCGACUCGUGAUCGAACGUCUCAGCACAGUUCAGGUAGAAACUUAUUCUUCAAAUGGCAAAAAGACCAUGAACUUGUGUCAGCUUGAAUUGUUUUCUCCAGAGAUGAGCAAAUACAAUAAUUACAAACUCAGGCCAACAAGCAGGAAUGCUUCUCCAGGGCAGCAGAAACAAAGAUCGGCACUACCUACCAGUAAACCCAGAGAAAAUGGUAUCAUAAGAAGAAACUUCCCUAUAGGAGAACUCAAAAUAUCUCCAUUGUUCGUUACCCGAAUCAUUGCUGCAGCCAUGGCAAUACGCUUCCUCAUUAUCACAUUGAUAUGGUUUACCAUUUUCCUAACUUUGUUAUGCAACAACGAGGUUCCAAUUUCUUCAAGAGAUGGUUUCUGUACCCAAUGCCCUGACGACUGGCUGUAUUAUAGAAACAACUGCUACCAGUUUUUUAAUGAGAGCAAAAGCUGGAACCAGAGCCAAGCUUCGUGUUUGUCUCAAAAUUCUACCCUUUUGAAGAUAUACAGUAAAGAGGACCAGGAUUUCUUUAAGCUGGUGAAGUCGUACCACUGGAUGGGACUAUUCCAAACUCAAGCAAAUGGCUCCUGGCAGUGGGAAGAUGGAUCCACUCUCUCACCCAACGAGUUAACAUUGGUGGAAAUGCAGAGAGGAUCCUGUGCUGUCUAUGGCUCCAGCUUUAAGGCCUACACAGAAGAUUGCUCAACUCUAAACACAUACAUCUGCAUGAAGAAGGCAGUGUAAGGACUUCAUUAACUUUCUUGGAAACAGCCAGGAUAAGAGAAGGGAUUAUCCCAGGAGAAAUUGGGACUAAAAGUAAAAGAGACCGAACAUACAUCCAACGCAAAACAGCAGGCCUUCGCCUUCCAGAAACAAGCCACAGAAAGAUGAGUUGAACAUUCGGUGUCCCAUAAAACAACGGACGCUAACUCAAAGAUCAUCAAGGUGGUCAUCCACACCUUUCUCCAAUCUGCUUAGAAUGUGGGGGAAAAGGCUCGAUUACAAAAUGGGCCCAACACAUGGGAGAGCUGAGAGAGUAGGAGAGGGCAGCCCCAUAGCACUCUGGCAGUUUAAACUCCAGCCCUGUAGAAAACAGCAGACUGCAUGGGGCUGCAGCAGAGAACCACAGGAUAGUCGGCACUGUUGCCAGCAAUGUUGUUAUCCCAGUGGUUGAAGAAAGCAGGCUUCUGUCUGGGUGGGCACGGUUUGAGUAAGGGCAAUAAGGACUGCUUUGGGAUCUUGAAGAUCUCAUGGAACUCGUCUUGCUGACUUUUGUGUUUUCUUGGGACUCCCCUACCCCUUCUGUCUUGUGUUUCCUGUUGAAAUGAUGCCUAUUGAAGGCCAGCCUCACCAUUGUAUUUUGAAAAGACAUGGCUUGUUUCACUUUACAAGUGACAACUAGAAAUGAAGUUUGACUGUCUGA